AUGUCAUCGGACAAUAGCUCGGACAAUGAAGAAAAUGUUGAAAUAAAUCAACCACGGGAUAUAACGACAAUAAAUUACUAUCCUGAAACAUUAUGUAGUGACAUAGUCCUGAAAAUUGAAGUACCAACAGAUUUCAAGGAAGUAAAAAAAGAUAUGACGAUAGAUAGCUCUACAGAACCAACAACAAGAACUUUGGAAGUCACACAAUUAGAAUAUGCAAAAAAGCUGGAAUACGAUCAACUAGACCAAAGCGCACCUGACCUUAUACAAAUGUCAGCUGAUGAUAGUUCGAAUUAUAAGGAAAAUGUCGAAAUAAAUCAACCUCGAUAUCCAACGUCAAAAAACUCUGAUCCGUAUACAAUGAACAGUGACAGAGUUCUGAAAAUUGAAAUUCUUACAGAUUUAACGAAGGUUCAAGAAGAUAUUGUGACAGAUAGAUCUACAAAACAAACAAGAAGAACUUUUAACGUAGCACAGAAAGAGUAUGAAAAAAGGCCGGAAGACGAUAGACUAGACGAAAACGCAGUUAACAUUAUAGAUAUGUUAAAGGCAGACAUCUUUGAUACUCAAGAACAUGCUGAAAUGAAUAAACAACGAGAUCCAACGUCAAUACAUUCUAAACUUGAUAAAGAAUGCAGUACCACUGUCACGAAAAUCGAAAAGCCAACAGAUCUUACGAAAGCUCUAGAAUAUGUGGCGAUGGAAAGCUCAAUAGAGCCAGCAUUAGCCAUACAGGCAGAAAACGUGCAAAGAAAGGAAGAAGAUAAAGAAGACAAUACACCUGCCACACUUAAGGUGUCAGCAAGCGAUCUUCGUCAUAUUGAUAAACCUUUUGAAAUUAAUCGUUUCCGAGAUCGAAAUGAAAAUAUUACAAAGUCAAGAAAAUCUGACAUUGAUAAAUCAUGCAGUAAAUGGACUGUUCCAAAUAUUGCGGGAUACUUUGAUUUUGAUGAAACAGUCCGGAAAAUAGAAAUUUCGACAGAUCUUGCCAUAGGUGAUAACGAGGUGUCAGAAUAUAUUCAAUCGCAAUUACUUCAAAAACUUGAAGUUGUUCAGGCUGUGCAAACAAAUAAAAGCGGGAAAAAUAAUUAUACUUCAGAAAUUGUUUCACAUUUAAAGUCUAUCACGGCAACAGAAUGCGGAAGUAGGCUUGUAUUAGACGCGUCAUUAUUUCCACUGUGUUAUUCUCUAGGUUUAAAUAUUGAGGUAGACAAAAAUAUCGAUUGUAUAUUUCUUCCGAACUGCAGAUUUGAUUAUUGCAUAGCUAAAGAUGGUAAAAUAAUUGGAUGUGUGGAAACAAAAAGUAUCAAAAGUUUGAACGACAGCGCCGUUGCGCAGGCUUUGCUGCAAUUGCUAAUUUUGCAGAUGAAUUUGUUACGAGUCAAUAACCUUGGUGACGCCUUCAGCAACAAAUGUCCAUUAUUUGCUGUUGUUACUGAUGGACAUAGAUUUGUUUAUAUUCAACUACAGGAAUCAGUAUUCAAAUUCGAACACGAAGGAAAAAAGGUCAAAGUUCGCGAAAUCGCGCAUGAAGAUGAUAUUAAGUGCAUUUUGGAACAAAUAGGUUACCUUAUGAAUGAAGCAACUGCUGCACUAGGAGGGACUAACUUGGGUUCUAGUACAGUGACAGAGACAAACACAAUGAAUUCAAAUACGUUAUUGCCAAAUGUAAUUGAUUUAGAUGAUCAGAAUUUUGAGGACCCGCCUAUAAUCGUCAUUGACUGAGUCACGCUGAUAAAUAAAUUGAACUUCAAGUCAUAUAAUCGAAGUAUAAACUCGUAUUUUGAUCAAUACUAGUUUUCCAAUUAUCGAAAGUGAAACAAUCGAUAAAAGCAAUCUUGUCUCGUUUUCAUAAUGCCAGAUAUUUCGAUUUUUCUCUAUUUUCUAGUAUCAAGGUUAAGCGAUUUCAUAUUGAAUUGAGAUUUCGUACGCAAAUUAAAAUUCCAAGAAUAAAAGGACCAUGAUUCCGUAAUUCAAUCGAAACUCAUAUCUUUCAAUAUUAAAACAAAAUUAAACUUGGAGUAGACUUAUAUGGAAACGUCUUUAAUUAUACAAGAUUUGAAUUAAUGUGAUGAAAAUGACAAUAUAAAUCUCUAAUUUCCCAUCAACCUCAAAAGAAGUUGAAAUCUUAGGGUAUUUUCUUACAUGUAAGCAUACUUUAGAACUGAAG